GGAUCUUUUUAUUUUAAAAAGAAGAAAAUGGGUGGUGGCCGGGAAGUUUCAGUAUCAUUAGAUGGAGUGAGGGACAAGAACGUGAUGCAGCUGAAGAAGCUCAACACUGUUCUCUUCCCUGUUCGUUAUAACGAAAAGUACUAUGCGGAUGCUCUCGCUUCUGGCGAUUUAACCAAGCUUGCAUAUUACAGUGACAUAUGUGUUGGAUCGAUUGUUUGCCGGCUGGAGAAGAAGGAAAGUAGGUCUGUCCGUGCGUACAUCAUGACAUUGGGUGUUUUAGCACCAUAUCGUGGGCUAGGCAUUGGUACGAGGCUAUUGAACCACGUUAUCGAUCUCUGUUUGAAGCAAAACAUACAAGAAAUUUACUUGCAUGUUCAGACAAACAACGAUGAUGCCGUCAACUUCUACAAGAAAUUCGGGUUCGAAAUCACCGAGACGAUCAAGAACUAUUACACAAACAUGGACCCUCCUGACUGCUUUGUUCUCACCAAGUUCAUCACUCAAUCUCCAGUGAAAAAAUAACGGUUCAAAGCUAGAACAGGUUCUCGGGAGUUGUCGGUCGUUUUGUCUUAUUGAAUUUUAUCGAUUCUUAAUACUUUGGGGUUUCUUUUGAUGACAAAGGAUGUUGCCAUGCGUUAAUGAGAUGAACUACGAUUUGUUUUUUUUAGCCCUACUUUACCUUGUGAAAUUUUCUCUGAAACAAGAUAAACCCCUCUGCUCAAUUGAAAUUUUCUCUGGAUAAGAACUGUUGAGCACAGUGUCUGUGUAUGAAGAAUACCUCAUCCAUAUAUUUGAGGAAGAACCGUUUACCG